UGAGCUAUAAAGUCUAUGAUGUGAAAAUCAUGGGACGAAAAAUCGCUAUCCUGACCGUGGUCUCUUUUGACCCAUGUGGGUUUCCGUACUGCUGAGGCGGUGUUGACUGAUGUGUCAAAAUGGCAGAGCUAACAACACUAGAGAGUCUUCUGGAGAUGGGCUUCGAGAGAAACAGAGCUGAGAAGGCGGUGGCCAAAACGGGGAACCAGGGGAUAGAACAAGCCAUGGACUGGUUAAUGGAACACGAGAACGACCCAGACAUCGAUGAGCCCUAUGUGCCACCUGUGGGGAACAUCCUGGGAGAAACAGCAGACAGCCAAUCCACCUCAGAACAGCCAACACUAGCAGACACAGCUGAAGGGACCGUAGGCGGAGACAGCGAAAAUGAGGAUAGUGAUAAGCAGCCAAUGACGGAGGACGAGAAAAGAGAGCAGGUCAAAAGGCUAGAGGAGCUGAUGCGGAUAAAGCAGGCAGAGAGGAGAGAGCGAGAGCGGGCAGAUGAGUUGGAGAGGGAGAAGACACGGCGGAGACAGGGCCAAGAGCUCCAGCAAGUUCGCCAAAAGAUGCAGGAUGAUGAAAUGAAAACACUUGCUGAGCAACGAAGGAGAGAGAAGAUGGAGGACAAAAUGGCAAGGCAAAGAGUGAAAGAUAAGAUUGCACGAGACAGAGCGGAGAGAGCACAAAAGUUUGGAGGCGGUGGAGCGACAAGCACAGCGGCACCACCACAGCCUGCCGAGCCCAGCCCUUCAUCCCCCACCAGUCACGGCCCUCCACCCACUAAGAAGGAGUAUGAUGAGUCUAGGAUACAGGUUCGUAUGCUGGACGGCUCCACCAUCACAACAGUCUUCAAGGCUCAGGAGCCUCUGGCAGCUGUGCGUGUCUACAUUCAGAUGAACGGCAACACACCCGAGGGUCAAGACUUCACGCUGCUGUCUCCCUACCCCCGUUACGUCUUCACUGAAAUGGACAUGGAGAAGCCUCUUAAAGAACUGGGUUUGGUGCCUUCAGCUGUGCUGGUUGUUACCAAAAAGUGAGAACAGGAUGACCUGCUCUUUGAGCCUACCUCACCCCCUCCCCUCCUACAACACCAACACAAGAGACACCAGACACAGACUUAUCCUGGAACAGUUCCACCACUUUUAAGUUUCACUCAAUAAGCAAGCUAACUGAAUUGAUUGAGAGGAAUCUAGCUUGUGGCUGUGUUCAGAUUGUGUUUAACUAGAACAAAGGUUUCUGGAAAUGAGGACGUAUAAUGAUUUGGUGGAUAGAUUGGUUUGUGUGCAGUGAGAUGGUGAGUGACUAUUAUCUUAAAACAAAGAUUUCUGGCUUCAGACAGUUACUACUACAUGGUUUCAACACCACAUUUAUGAGAACAAUACGGAACUGAAGAAUUCAAUUUUAUCCUGAUCUUUAAAUAGCAAAGUACAAGAUGUACUGAAAUCGUUCUGCUCUUCCUGAUUUUGUGACAUUCUUUGCCAUUUUUAUAAGUUGAAAUAUAUUGACAGUUUUGUCUGCAUUAUCACGAUGAAUCUACUUAAAAUAAACCUGACUCUGAGAAUCAUGA